AUGGAUGAUGAGGAUGGGAGAUGCUUACUAGACGUGAUUUGUGAUCCUCAGGCCCUCAAUGACUUUUUACAUGGAUCCGAGAAGCUGGACAGCGAUGACCUCCUGGAUAAUCCUGGGGAGGCCCAAAGUGCCUUCUAUGAAGGUCCUGGGCUCCAUGUCCAAGAAGCCUCUGGCAACCACUUGAACCCAGAGCCCAGCCAGCCAGCGCCCAGCGUGGACCUUGACUUCCUGGAAGAUGACAUCCUGGGCUCGCCCUCAGCGGGGGGCGGCAGUGGGGCUGGGGGGGUUGCUGACCAGCCCUGCGACAUCCUCCAGCAGAGCCUCCAAGAGGCCAACAUCACUGAGCAGACGCUCGAGGCCGAGGCGGAGCUGGACCUGGGUCCCUUCCAGCUGCCCACCUUGCAGCCAGCGGACAGCGGGGCAGGCCCGGCAGGGGCGGCAGCCGUGGCCUCAGGGCCUCAGGCCCUCUUCCCGGGUGGCACUGACCUCCUGGGCCUGCAGGCUCCACCCACCGUUCUGGCCCACCAGGCCCUGGUGCCACCCCAGGAUGUGGUCAGCAAGGCCCUGAGCGUUCAGCCCUUCCUGCAGCCUGUGGGCCUGGGCAACGUGACCCUGCAGCCUAUCCCAGGCCUCCAGGGCUUGCCCAAUGGCAGCCCUGGGGGUGCCACGGCAGCCACACUCGGCCUGGCACCCAUCCAGGUGGUGGGCCAGCCUGUCAUGGCACUCAACCCACCCGCCUCCCAGCUCCUGGCCAAGCAGGUGCCUGUCGGUGGCUACCUGGCAUCGGCAGCUGGCCCCUCGGAGCCAGUGACUCUGGCAUCGGCAGGUGUCUCCCCACAGGGGGCUGGCCUCGUGAUCCAGAAGAACCUGCCCGCUGCUGUGGCCACCACACUCAAUGGGAACUCGGUGUUUGGUGGGGCAGGGGCCGCCACAGCCGUGGCUAGCGGGACGCCCUCGGGGCAGCCGCUGGCGGUGGCCCCUGGCCUGGGCACAUCACCACUGGUGCCAGCACCCAACGUGAUCCUGCACCGCACACCCACGCCCAUCCAGCCCAAGCCUCCCAAACUCUACCAGCUGACGCCCAAACCCUUCGCUCCAGCGGGCGCUACGCUCACCAUCCAGGGCGAAGCCGGGGGUCUGCCACAGCCGCCCAAGGCCCCCCAGAACCUGACUUUCAUGGCAGCAGGCAAGGCGGGCCAGAAUGUGGUCCUGUCGGGCUUCCCAGCACCCACCCUGCAGGCAAACGUCUUCAAGCAGCCCCCUGCUACCACGCCAGGAGCGGCCCCGCCGCAGCCACCCGGGGCCCUAAGCAAACCCAUGAGCGUCCACCUCCUGAACCAGGGCAGCAGCAUUGUCAUCCCCGCCCAGCACAUGCUGCCUGGCCAGAACCAGUUCCUGCUGCCCGGCACCUCAGCCGUCCAGCUACCCCAGCCACUCUCCGCCCUGCCAGCCAACGUGGGUGGGCAGAUCCUGGCAGCUGCAGCCCCCCACACCGGUGGACAGCUCAUCGCCAAUCCCAUCCUCACCAACCAGAAUCUAGCCGGCCCGCUGAGCCUGGGCCCCGUCCUGGCCCCCCAUUCCGGGGCCCACAGUGCCGCCCACAUCCUCUCAGCCGCCCCCAUCCAGGUGGGCCAGCCAGCACUCUUCCAGAUGCCUGUGUCCUUGGCUGCUGGCAGCCUGCCCACCCAGAGCCAGUCGGCCCCCACCGGCCCAGCUGCCACCACAGUCCUCCAAGGCGUCACCCUGCCGCCCAGUGCCGUGGCCAUGCUCAACACCCCCGAAGGCCUGGUGCAACCGGCCCCCCCUGCUGCCACGGCCCCCGGGGAGGCUGCCUCUGUCCUCGCGGUGCAGGCGGCCCCCCAGGCGCCCCCUGCUGUCAGCACACCACUGUCUCUGGGCCUCCAGCAGCCUCAGGGGCAGCCCCAGGUCGCCGCAGCCCCGCCUCAGGCCACCACCCCGCAGCCCAGCCCGGGCCUGGCAUCCAGCCCCGAGAAGAUGGUCCUGGGGCAACCAUCCACCACCGCCCCCACAGCCAUCCUCACUCAGGAUUCCAUGCAGAUGUUCCUCCCCCAGGAGAGGAGCCAGCAGCCCCUCCUCGCAGAUGGCCCCCACCUCUCCGUGCCCGCCUCGGUCAUAGUCAGCGCCCCGCCUCCCACCCAAGACCCAGCCCCGGCCACCCCCGUCGCCAAAGGAGCUGGCCUCGGCCCUCAGUCCUCCCCGGCUCCGGGCCCCCAGAUCCCAGCAGCGGCUCCACUGAAGGGUCCCGGCCCCUCCUCGUCCCCAUCACUACCUCACCAGACCCCUCUGGGGGACAGCCCCCACCUGCCCUCCCCACACCCCCCCCAACCCCCCUCUCGUCCACCUUCUCGUCCCCAUUCCCGUCCACCCUCCCAGCCCCAGAGCCUGUCCCGCCCACCCUCUGAACCCACCCUGCACCCCUGCCCCCCACCCCAGGCACCCCCAGCCCUGCCCAGCAUCUUUGUCAUCCAGAACCAGCUGGGUGUCCCCCCACCUGUUAGCGCCCCAGCCCCCACUGCCUCAGGCCCACCCCAGCCCCCUAUGCGUCCACCAUCCCAGCCCCCUGAAGGGCCGCUGCCCCCAACCCCCACCUCCACCACUGUGGCCUCUUCCUCCGAGACUCCCACCAGGUUGCCAGCCCCCACACCACCCGAAUUCCAGGUCCAGUUCCCGUCUGGCCAGGGGCCCCACAAGCCCCCCAGCCCCCCACCAGCCCUCCACCUGGUCCCUGAGUCCACAGCGCCCCCCCCACCGCCUCCUCGGACCUUCCAGAUGAUGACCACCCCUUUCCCGGCGCUGCCCCAGCCGAAGGCUCUUCUCGAGAGAUUUCACCAGGUGCCAUCCGGAAUCAUUCUCCAGAACAAGGCCGGGGUGGGCCCCGCCACCCCACAGACCUCUGUCAGCCUGGGGCCCCUGGCCAGCCCCUCUGCCUCUGUGCUGGUCAGCGGGCCAGCCCAAUCCGCGAACCCCACCGUCCCCAGCCAUGCCCCUGCCCCGGCACCCAUGGCCACACCAGGCCUCCCUCCCUUGCUUCCUGCCGAGGGCAAAGCCUUUGCCAGCAAUCUCCCAGCCCUGAGUGUGGCCAAGGCCGCCCCGUCUGUACCAGGGAAGUCCUCCGGGCUGCAGUAUGAGAGCAAAUUGAGCAGCCUGAAGAAACCACUCACGCUUCAGCCUAGCAAGGAAGCCUGUUUCCUGGAGCAUUUGCACAAACAUCAGGGCUCCGUCCUGCACCCUGACUACAAGACCGCCUUCCCCUCCUUUGAGGAUGCCCUGCAUCGCCUCCUGCCCUACCAUGUCUACCAGGGUGCCCUUCCUUCCCCCAACGACUACCACAAAGUGGACGAAGAGUUUGAGACAGUCUCUACGCAGCUGCUGAAACGCACCCAGGCCAUGCUGAACAAAUACCGCCUCCUACUGCUGGAGGAGUCCCGGAGGGUGAGCCCCUCCGCCGAGAUGGUGAUGAUAGACCGAAUGUUCAUUCAGGAGGAGAAAACCACCCUGGCCUUGGAUAAGCAGCUGGCCAAGGAGAAACCUGAUGAGUAUGUAUCUUCCUCGCGCUCUCUGGGCCUCACCAUUGCAGCUGCCUCUUCCGAGGGUCACCGGCUCCCGGUCCAUGGCCCGCCCUCCUCCUCUGCACCCGGAGCCUCAGCCCAGCCCCCUCCGCACCUGCCCACCAAGCUCGUGAUCCGGCAUGGUGGGGCUGGUGGCUCACCAUCGGUGACUUGGGCCAGGGCCUCAUCCUCUUUGUCUUCAUCAUCCUCCUCGUCUUCGGCUGCCUCAUCCCUGGACGCUGACGAGGACGGCCCCAUGCCCUCCCGAAACCGGCCACCUAUCAAGACCUACGAGGCCCGCAGCCGCAUUGGGCUCAAACUCAAGAUCAAGCAGGAAGCCGGACUCAGCAAGGUGGUGCACAACACAGCCCUGGAUCCUGUGCACCAGCCCCCACCGCCACCCCCUGCUGCGCUCAAGGCAGCUGAGCCCCCGCCCCGACCCCCACCGCCCCCUCCCAGCACCAGCCAGAUGAACGGCACAGUGGACCACCCGCCACCCAGCGCCCCUGACUGCAAGCCACCUGCCCCGGCCACCCACUGCCCCCGCUUGCCCCUCCGGAAGACGUACCGCGAGAAUGUGGAAGCCCUGGGCAGCCGGGUCACAGAAGGGCCAGGCCGGGCCCGGGGCUGCAGCCCAGCGCCACCAGCCACCAAAGUGGACGAGGCCACCAGCGGACUGAUCCGUGAGUUGGCCGCGGUGGAGGACGAGCUGUACCAGCGCAUGUUGAAGAGCGCGCCGCCUGAGCCCCCUGCUGGAGCUGGGCAGGGCGGGGGCAGCGGGGACCCCAGCUGGGAGGCAGCCCCACUGCCCCCAGCCAAGCGGCCCAAGUCAGAGUCACCAGACGUGGACCAGGCCAGCUUCUCCAGUGACAGCCCGCAGGACGCGGCACUGACGGAACACCUGCAGAGCGCCAUCGACAGUAUCCUGAACCUCCAGCAGGCCCCUGGUCGGACGCCCCUGCACAGGCCCGACACCUACCCACCCUCCAGUCACAAUGGCGGCCUGGGUACCCGGACGUUAAACAGAUAA